AGCGCCCCCUUUCCGCCAUUGACCAAAACUACAGUCCUCGCUCUCCUUCCUACCCUCCAAUGUUCGCAGCUUGGCCGGAGACCGUCGUCUUCCCGGCCCCGUUUUCACCGGAUUUAUCUCCCUCCUACCAGCCCGGACCGAGACGAGAACACGACUAAGGGAGAAUGUCGAGUGACAGGCAGCGGUCAGACGACGAGAGUCCGAGCACCAGCAGUGGCAGCUCGGAUGCAGACCAGAGAGACCCCCCGGUGCCGGAGCCAGAAGACACCGAGGAGCGGAAACCACCCGCUCCUCCUCAGCAACAGAAGAAGAGCACCAAAUUGUCGAGCAAGACCACUGCCAAGCUGUCUACCAGCGCCAAGAGGAUCCAGAAGGAGCUUGCUGAGAUUACCUUGGAUCCUCCUCCCAAUUGCAGUGCUGGUCCGAAGGGAGACAACAUCUAUGAGUGGCGCUCCACCAUCCUGGGCCCCCCCGGGUCGGUCUACGAGGGGGGGGUCUUCUUUCUGGACAUCACCUUCUCCUCAGACUACCCCUUCAAACCCCCCAAGGUGACUUUUCGUACCAGGAUCUACCACUGUAACAUCAACAGCCAGGGAGUCAUCUGUCUGGACAUCCUGAAGGACAACUGGAGCCCGGCCCUCACCAUCUCCAAGGUGCUGCUGUCCAUCUGCUCCCUGCUCACAGACUGCAACCCAGCGGACCCUCUGGUGGGCAGCAUAGCCACUCAGUACCUGACUAACAGAGCGGAGCAUGACAGGAUAGCACGACAGUGGACCAAGAGAUAUGCUACUUAGUGGCACCAGCCUGGACCCUGGACCCUGACCCCCCUCGGACCCACCCCCCCUUGAUCCUCACCACCCCCACCCUGACCCCCGACCCUUGACCUUGUCCUGCGGCAAGGUGCGGCUCCGGGAUAGGAGGGAUAGGAGCUUCUCCAGCCUUUACAAUACAGACUUCUUCUUCUGUGUAAAUGUCCUUAUGGCUCUGGCCUGUGUUCACUCUGAGAACUGGGGACAGCGUCCCCUGCUGGUAAGCCCUGGCUUAGCAGAGGUUUGUAGAUGUAGAUUUAGUUCUGUUUCAAUGCCUACUUGCAAGUCUUGCUUCUUUGGGAUAUAUUCAACAAAAAAAAAUUGUGAUGUAUUAAGGAAACUAUUCCUUAAGUCAACCAAAUAUUAUGGUCCAUUUUAGUCAAAUUCCUGACCUGUGUGAAGCUCUCAAGCUGAACCUGGGGAGACGUAGAUGAGUAGCGAUGAUGAUGGGGAUGAAGAUGAUGUCAGUCCUAUGAAGCCCGACCCCUCCUCACCAGUCGUGUGUUACAAUGCUGUCGUGACUCGUAAUUCCUCUGUCAGUCUGUAAUGGAGAAACUUCCAGAAGGUUUUUUUUUUGUAGCUCAGCAGCGAUGAGUCUCCGGUGUAUCACCCAAACACAAUAAACACUACUGGAAUACAA